AUGGCCGGCGAACGUUGGGAUCGUGACCGGUUCACGUACGAGCGGGACCGCGUGGAGGACAGCCGAUACUCGACCGGAGGAUAUCGGCCGCGGGACCGCUCGGAUGAACGGCAUGACCGUGACCGCCGACGAUUUCACGACGACGACCUGGACGACGACAUAGGGCACGAUGGCCGAACGUACCACGACGAGCUGCGAUCGGAUGUGCGUCGCGAGAGAGCUGGUCCCGACGUCGAGUACGACCGCAGGGUCGUGGUGGAAAAGGAGCGAGACGUCGAGUACCGCCGUGACUCGCCGCCCCCGCGUCGACCAGCCUUCCUGCGCCGCCAGUCCUCGCUCGACACCUACGACCGUCGGCCUCUCCGACGUAUUUACGAGCCACGUGAAGAGUACCCCCCACCGGCCCGCCGCGAAGAUUUAUACCGCGACGACUACCGCGACGACUACCGAGACGACUAUCGCCCCACCCCCUACCAACCCAUCCCGCUCCCCAGGGCCCCGGCGCUGCCGUCCCCCAGGAGGUACCGUGAUCGUGACGAUGUCGACGUCGCCGAUCCGACGUACUAUGCCGAUGACGACUACCGACCGCCCUACGCGGAACAUGUUCGGGAGCGAGAGGUCGUUCGAGAGCGAAAGAGGGACACGCGAGACAGGAGUCGUGAAUCGCGGAGCAACCGUACCCGCACUCACCGGAGCAGUUCUCGCAGCUCGACGACGAGUCUAUCGUCUAGCAGCGCCGGCGGUGCCACUGUGCGAAGCGAGUACCCGAAGAAGGGCAAGACCAAGAUCCCAUCACGCUUGGUCUCGAAGCGAGCCUUGAUCGAUCUCGGCUACCCUUUCAUCGAGGAGGGAAACACCAUCAUCGUGCAGAAAGCCUUGGGCCAAGACAACAUCGACGAACUCCUCAAGCUCAGCGAGGAGUACGGCAAAGCUGAUCUGGAAGUGGCUGCCGCCCGCUCUUCGGCCGGUAACCUCGCGACGGAAGACAAGGGGGAAGUCGCCGCCCCACCAGUGCCCGUACCAGCGCCUGUCGUGGUGUCACCCCUUCCCGUGACGAUACCGCCCCCUCCCAUGACGACGGUGACGACGGUGACGACGGGGCCGGUCGUGGUGGAAGCCGCCCCCGUCACGGCUGGUCCGGCAUACGAGGUCGUUGACAGAACCAGGACGGCGUUUCGAGAAUACUCACCGGCUCGCACGACGACGACAUCGACCAGCUAUGACUCGUAUCCAUCACGCCACCGUCAUCACCAUCAUCACCAUCACCGUUACGACGACCUGCCUGUCGGUCCCGUUGUCGUGCGAUCUAGGUCACGAUCCCGGUCCAGGAAAGAUAUCAGGGCCGAGAUUCGCGCGCUUGAACGGGAGCUCGCCCACCGACCGAGAGGCGAACUCGGCGAGCGCGAAAUCAUCCGGACCGAGCGGCUACCGGACGGUCAGCUCGUCGUGUUCGAGGAAAAGGUGGAGAGGCAGAUCGCCAGCCCGAAGCCGCCGCGGAUUGAAAAGGACAAGAAAGGUAGGAUGUCCAUCAGCGUACCGAAAUAUCGCUAA